AUGACUUCUAAAUUAGCUUCUCGUUUACAAGUGUCGACUAAUCAGUGUUUAGUUAACAUCGGGGCAAUUGACAGCGCGAAUACCGUUUCAGAUAAAUUUGCUAAAGUCACCUUUUACUCAACUUACAACAAUGCAAAAUUUCAGUUAAAUUUCUUGAUUGUAUCCAAAAUCGCAGAUAAAGUGCCUACUGAAACUUUUCCUCGGGAGAGAUUUGACAUUCCUAAAAACAUCAAGUUAGCUGAUCCUCAAUUUCAUAUUCCUAAGUCGAUAGAUGUUUUAUUGGCUUCCGGUACUACCUUGUCAUCUCUCGCAAUAGGUCAGAUUAAACUAGGUGACCCUCAGUCACAACUCAUACUUCAAAAAACAUCAUUUGGGUGGGUAGCUGCCGGAGGUUCGAUUCCCAAUCAGAUUCCUGACAAAAUUUCUUGCAAUGCUGUAAAACUAGAUCAGCUCCUUGAGAGAUUUAUGACUGUUGAGGAUCUGGAUUAUCAACCAAUCAAGGUUCCCGAUGACGUUGCUUGCGUGGAACAUUACGUCAACCACACCACUCGCGAUAGCUCAGGUCGUUAUACGGUUCGACUACCAUUUCGAAAGGGUAAAUACAAUUUAGGUUUAUCUAAGGAACAGGCUUUGAAACGAUUCCGUUCAUUGCAUAGGCGGUUCGAAGCAAAUCCUACUCUUAAGGUUCAAUAUGAGAAAGACAUGAAUGAUUACUUGAGAUUCGGUCAUAUGACGCUGUGUGAGAACGACGAUGAUGAUGGUUAUUAUGUGCCCCAUCAUCCAAUCAUUAAGGAAUCAAGCGAAACCACCAAGUAUAGGUCAGUUAAAGACGCGUCCGUAAAAACCACGACUGGGAUUUCAUUGAAUGAUAUCUUGUUUACCGGAACUACUAUACAGGAAACACUUCUGAAGCAGAUUUUGCGUUUCCGUACACAUCGUUUUGUUAUUACAGCCGAUAUAGAAAAGAUGUAUAGGCAAAUUUGGGUUCAUCCGGAUGAUAGGAAAUUUCAGAAAAUCUUUUGA